GGUGGUUAUCACAUCAUCGACAACGGGCAGAUACACAGAUACAGAUACACCGAUGGGCACAGCAAGACAUCAAAAAUAAAGAAAGGAAGAAAGAAAGAAAGAAAGGAAAAGGGAAGAAAACGUGGUCCGUCACGCUCUCGUGGACGAGAAGAUAAGAGCAGAAAUAGAUAGCUGUUUUUGUUCACAAGUUUACCACAUAAUAGAAGCUGAUUGGGACGAGGUACAGGUACAAACAAAGCAUGGAAGAGAGAUUAAAAGAAAUCAAUCACGAGCAUAAAAAUUCCCUCCGGUAUAGUCACCGAUAUCAGUUUCUUUUCAGGUUGACACAGGAAAAAAACAGAGAAAAGAGGAAAGGGAGGGAGAGAGAUAUUAUUAAUAUUAAAAAAAGAUUUUUGAUCAGGACGUCAAGUCAUUUGUAUAACCAACUUCUUUCCGACGGGUACAGCAGAUAGCAUUAUCCACUAUCACUGGACGUAUUACUUCCGUUGGUUCAGCCGUCGCUGCGUUAGAGUUUGGCGG